AUGGAGAAUCAAGCAACAUACAGAGGUGGAAAUGGAGGGGUUUCCACCACCGCAACAACCCCAAUGCGACCUGGAACACCAGAAAGCAGAAACAACCCAUUUGGUAACGGAGACGGAAUCUCUCCUGCACCAACCAAUCCGUUCGCAUCUCCCUUCAAUUCCAGACCAGCAUCUUCAUUUGGAUCGUCUUCAGCAGUUCGCGCGCUUCCAUCGAGAUAUUUCCACUCACGAAGAGUCCGAAAGGGUGAGGUCGAGCAGCCAUGGAGAGAGAAGAAAGAUCCAAAGGAAAAAUGGGUGACCAUCAUCCCUCUUCUCGGUUUGGCUGCUGGGUUCGCGAUUGCUGGUUUCUUGAUCUAUGAUGGUCUAUCAUCUGUUGUGCACCACAAGUACUGCUCUGUGUUGGACGACAACUUCGGAUCUGGCCUCCAAUCGACCAUCUGGACGAAAGAAGCCGAGGUUGGCGGAUUUGGUAACGGACAAUUCGAACAAACUACUUUGGACGACGAGAACGUGUUUGUCAAGGACGGAAAGCUUAUCAUCAAGCCAACGCUUCAGGACGCUACCCUGAUUGAGACCAACAAUGUCAUCAAUUUGACCGCCGACGGAACCUGCUCUUCAGACGUGCUCAAGAACUGCGUUACACAAACCAAUUUGACUUCCGGUACCAUUAUUCAGCCGGUAAAAUCAGGUCGCAUCAGCACCAAGAAUGGGCCAACCAUUAAAUACGGUCGCGUUGAGGUGACUGCCAAGAUGCCGGCCGGAGACUGGCUCUGGCCCGCAAUCUGGAUGUUGCCGGUAAAUGAGACCUACGGACCAUGGCCAUUAUCUGGAGAGAUCGAUAUCGUGGAGGGUCGUGGAAAUAACCAUACUUACGCACAAGGUGGAGAUAACAUUGUUUCUUCGGCACUUCACUGGGGUCCUGACUCAGCGAACGACGCCUGGUGGCGAACCAACGUCAAGAGAUCAGCUCUGCACACAACCUAUGCCAAGACGUCGCACACAUUUGGUCUGGAAUGGUCUCAAAAAUACCUCUUCACCUACAUCGACUCCAACCUUCUCCAAGUCCUAUAUACCAACUUCGACGAGCCCCUCUGGAAGCGCGGAAACUUCCCAGAAGCCACCUCCAACGGAACCCGUCUCAACGACCCAUGGACCCAAACUGGCCGUGACCAAACUCCAUUCGAUCAGGAAUUCUACCUCAUCCUCAACGUCGCCGUUGGUGGUACCAACGGUUGGUUCGAGGAUGGCAAGAGCGGAAAGCCAUGGGUUGAUCAAUCACCACGCGCCAAGAACGAUUUCUGGAACGCGCGCAACCAAUGGUAUCCAACCUGGCAAGAGGACGGAGCUGGUCAGAUGGAAGUCACCAGCGUGAAGAUGUGGCAACAAUGCGAUGGCAACGAAGACAAAGCCUAA